AUGACAAUUGCAGAAGAUAUUCUACCCCAGCACCAUGGACAGGACAACGUGGCACGACCAAAAGGUCUGUUGAAGCGGGCUGCAAACUGUGUGCGGGAACAGACCAUAGUGGCUUCCAAGCCAGUGGUAGUCACUUCCCCCUCUGACAAGAUGACAGACUUACAGUCCCUGUCAACGUACCUAAAGGAGCAGGAUGAGAAAUACUACAAGGCAGCUCUCAAUAUUCACUUGAUCACUAUGUCACUGAACAGUUCAUCAUUCUGGAGUUACGGCCGUCCCAGCCUGGAUCUGAUCCGUAAAAACCAGUACAAGCUCGCCAGUCGAUCCUCACAGAGCCAUAAGUCACGGACGGAUGAUAGCGAUAAUAUGGGAGAAGAGGUCUGGAGGCCUCUGGGAGUGACAGAUGACGACCUGUUCCUCUGGAUUGAGCGCCUCAGAAAGAAACAAGAUGCAAACAGUGUUCCAGCCAGUAUCCCCUCUAGAUUGUACGUCCAACAAGGAGUACCUGGACAAGAGGAAGAAGGUGAUGGGUGUGUCAGCGAGUUCUUGUGGACUCAAGGCGGUGGUGGGGGCCAGUACGGGAAACCAUGGAGCGAACACUUGCCCACAGAUACUCAGUUGGUGAUGCACAUGUUCUGCACGUACCUGGAUUCCCGGCUUCCCCCAGACCUAAGGUACCCCGAUGGGAAAACGUUCACCAGCCAACACUUCCUUAAGACUCCAGACAAACCUAACAUGGAGAAGGAAAACUUACUGCUAUACCAGACCAGCAUUAACCCACCACAUUUCCAAGUGGUUAAUAAAGACACUGUGUUCAACCUGCCCAAGGGUAGAAACAACAUGUUCCAUGCCAUCCUGUUUUUCCUGUACCACAUACAGCACAAGGAAAAUGGAAUGUUAGAGUAGGCUUACUUGGCUGUUGAUUUUUAAUGUGCUUCAU